GGUUGCCGUCCGACAGCACAAAAUCAAGGCGACCACAACCACAACAAAAAACCAAAAACAAGCCAAGCUGCACGCCAUCCAUCGCCAACACACUCCACCCCUCACGACCUGCACAGGUCAACAGCGAACCAUGUUUCCCCGCCGCGACGUGUACGGCACGACACAGCUGCACAAGCCGUUUCGUGCACACGAGCCAGACCCACGCACCAUCGAGGCGGUGCACCAGGUUCCACGCGAGUCAAACGUUCGCUUGACAGCCUCAUCGAAAGUCUUUGAGGGGAAAGGCAACCUGCAAGGACACAACCCCCACAAAAUCACAGCGAGCCAGCCCUACUCAGCAAAGUCCCCGCGCAAGCGCCGCCAGCUGCCACCGACGCCAUCGACUGAGGCGCUGUCCAGCCGCAUCCACACCCACAAGGUCCCCGUGUACGACAAGAAGGGCCCCAUCGCCAAUUCCACCACACACACCAGCACCUUCGAGGCGCCAAGAGUGUUGCCGCACGUCGAGAUCAGCGACCGCACCAUCCGGCCUCUCUCCCAAAACGUCCAGCGCUCCUCCUUCAGAGACGACCCCGUUGAGCGGUCCGGUGAUACGCAGGGAAGGUGGAACACCGACCACGGUUACAGCGAACGCGACAACAUUGGCCAGCUCCCACUGACGGUCGUUGGUGAGGACAGCGAGCAGAUCAGCGCGUGGCGGCGGUCGCAGGAUCUGAUCAAGAGUCUCCGCGUCUCGGACGCAAAGGCCGAGGACCCAUGGUGGACACCUCGCUCAACGCAGCCCGAGAGCCGCCACGAUCGCGCCACAACAGAGACAGACGACCUCCCCGAUGUGUUUGUUCGGCUGACCGACCACAAGCGGUACAACGGGACACACAAGCACCGCUUUUCGCAGGACGGCGUUGGGCUCGGGCUUGAGGGGCGGCGGGAGGAUGACCACCAUCGCCACGUGCUCGCUGGCGAAGCGAAGAUCACACGCGACCUUGAUGUGGAAAUGGACGCACCGAACAAGCCAACACUGCCAUGGGAAACCCCAAAGACAAGUCGGCCCGUCAGUCGCUCCAGCACGAGCCGCAGCCGCAGCCCUUCGAAGGAAUCUGUCUUUGAACGCCUCUCAAAGCCAACAAAACGCAAGCAGGACCUCCCUGAUGGCGACUAUGAGAUCAAGAUGAAGGUGAUGAACGACUUUGGUGUGAACAAAGACCUCGUUGCCAAGUGGCAGGCGGCAGUCUAGACGCAAACAACAACAACAACAAUUGCAUAGAAGCACGCUUUUUUUUUUUGGCUGCACAAGCAAGCUCGCAUUAUGUGGUUUGUCACCCUUUCUCUCUCCUUCUCUCUGUGUGCUUGUGUCUUGAUCAAAGUCAAGUCUGUGGUUGAGAGGUUGCUUUUUGUUUGUUAAACUUAACCAAAUACAAUGAGCAGCAGCACCA